GCCUGGCGGCACCGCCAGUCGCGCCCGUUCGCCGCCGCUGGGCCGUGCUCCGGGCUGCCUCGCGGUGGCUGCUGCUCCUGAGCGUCGUCCGGGCGAAGGCCAGCGCCUUCCAGGUGAUAAACGCCUUCAUGCGCGACAUUAGCGAGUGGACCCGCGUCAGGGUUGCAAUCAAAACGUUCAACGCGGCCGUGAGGCUAUUGCAGAAUAGGUGUCGCGAGUUCGUCGCGUUCAAGAGGAGGCGCGUGGAAAUCAUGGAGAAGAUUUGGCAGACUGCCGAGGACAGACUUCUUUCAGGUUUCUUCAAAAAGCACGCUCAGAAUGUCAUGAAGGCCUUCAAGGAUGAUAUAGAAAAAGAAAUCGAGACCGCCAGUGCCCGUGAGCAGGUGAAUUUGAGGAAGCAGCUGAACGAGAUGAAUUAUAGCUUCGACUGGAGGAAUUACCGCAUUCCUCCUGUGGAAAGGAGACGCGCAAUUAGCCGCUACUACAUGAACACGCUGAGAAAGCGCGUGCAGAACGAGGUGCUCAAUUCCAUGAGGCUCAAGGCGUUGAUGGGCACGCAGCGCGAGAUUAUGCAUUACCUCGCAGAGUUCCAGCCGAGCGCCCGCACGGACUUCAAACCCUACCUGCGUUCGGUCCUGGAGGGGCUCGACGAGAUCGGCCAGGAGGAGUCUGCGAAUGUUUUAUUAUCCGACUGGUGGGUGCUUGGAGAAGACGUGGCAAUUGAUCUGAUUGCAGUGACGGCGCGAGAUCUCAUCCAGGUGGAUCCUUUUCAGGGGCAUCCGGCCAACAAGGACCUCCCUGGCAACGUGCUGUACGCCAAGGCCACGUCAUUCGCGCGGACUGGCAGUAUCACCUACGCGGCAACGCGGUCGAGAAGAGCCACCAUCCACGGGAACGAGGAUGACACGAAGGCGGACGCGCAGAGUACGCAGCCUGGAAUGGACCGCCCUCCUGCCAUUGGCCGAGAUCUUGAAGACAUCUUCAACGGUUUCACGCCGCAGCUUGGGGCUUUCGGAGACGAGCACACUGUCGCGAAUACGCGCAAUGUGGCGGGUGACCAGUCGCUCGCCUGA